UCUGACGCAAUAUCUAGUUGUCUGCGUCGCAUCUGUUGCGAUGCAUUGUGUGUGGUGAAUAUUCGUGUGUGGUUUUACAUAUUUUUAGGCCUUUCCAGUCAUCGCAACAGAUAAAAAUCAAAUGGUUGUAACACUAGGCCUAACUGCUUCGGAUUUGCAAAAUAAUCACUGAUCACAAAGGCAAUUUUGUAAACAACACUGGUGAUGUCAGAACUCCUCCCAAUGAUGAAGAUGCCGCAGUUCAAGGAAUCGGACUCCUUCAUUCAAGUUGCGACGUCUGUGCCUGUCAGACAUGUCAUGUCUAGGACCCUGUCUUUCUUCUUUGACAUGGCAUUCCGUUGUCGCUUCAAGCUCCCGUCUAUCGUCGCCUUUGUUCUCUUCGCUUUUGACAUCCAACUGCAGCUGCAAAUCAAUGUUAACCAUUGAAAUGACAAUUCAUUUCAAAAAUUAAAUCAGUCAAUAUUGAGCCCAAUGCUAAAGGGAGUUUUAUCUUUGGAAGAUGCCAUUUUGUCGCCUUCUGUUAUGAAAGCUUCUCAUUGAUGAACAAUCAUAAAAAAGUUUUUUUUAUUAAAACAAAAUAGAACAUUGUAAUUGUAUCCAAAUAAUUGACAGCACUGUUUGAACGAUGACUCGCAGUGUGAAGGAUUUGCGUGAGUUGAUUUGCGUGUCGCGAUUGACGAUGCGGGACAGCGAUGAUGAAGAUGAUGAGCUCUCUCGACCCCUGAGCUCUCUCAGCAUCUUUGGGGAGCCCUCUCCAGCGAGUUGUACGGCUCAACCCGCAGAGGAUAUGAAUGGGCUAUCGUUAGCACCCAGGCCCCCUUGGGAAGAGAAGGUGUCGAAACCCUUGUCGCCUCAAACUACGGGCGCCCGGCGAAAACAACCAAAGACAAACAAGCACAUGGUCAAUAUGAAUAACAAUGCCAGCAUCGACUUCAAGAAAUUUAAGACGCCGCUGCCCCCACUCGAGUCCCGACCUUCCUCAGGAAGCAGCAUCGACAGCGAUCGGCCCGACAGUGGGGAGGUCAAACGUCAGGAUAAUCCUCGUGGGAAUUUUGAUGACAUGCUGCAGUACAUCGACGGCGACAUGAUCGUCGAUUGGCUGGGACGUGCUAAUGGGAUGGUGGACGAGCUCGCCUCUUGGUGUAAUGACGGCGACAACUUUGUCGUGUUUGCCAACUUCAUGCUGACGGACUUCCCCGAGGUCCAGAGGCUAGAGCUGCUACAGAUGGAAGUGGGGAUCCUGCAUGACGAGCUCAGCCUAGUCUUUGACCAAGGUCUCAAACAGGGCAAAGUCCAACUAACCGAUCUGGACAGGCUGGUGUCGGCGAUCCUUCGGGAAUACCCAGGGCGACUCUGCGGGCCGAGGGGAACUCAUGUGUUUCUGAACAUACUGGACACGCUGUCCUCAGAACGGACCGACGACUACAAGACGUUGCUGACGGACGUAAAGAUCUCAACUCGGAACCGAGAGUUUGCCCAGUCACUGCUGGCCGUCCGCGCAUUCCUUCUGCUCAGUGUUUGGAGCAACAUCGUCAAUUUUUACCGGCGGUUCAAAAGUGACGAUCCCUUGUGCGAACCUUGUGUGUCGGUUGAUCCCACUAUCAAGCCACCACCCACUGCGAGCAUCGUGCAGCGACGGGCAUACCAGGCCGUCCAGCGCGGGUUUGUCAGUGUUCUCCAUUACCUUGUCCGCAGCGGGAAGCUGGACGUCGCUGCGGUGAACAAAGAAGACCGGUCCCUUGUGUUUGAAGCCGUCAUGCACAACCAGCCUAGAGUUCUGCAUUAUCUCCUCACCAAGGUCCAGCCGCGCCUGGAUGUGAACCACCCCUCUGAGUCUGGCAACACACCGCUCCACGCUGCAGCAAACUGGGGUCACGCGGAGGUGGUUCACAUGCUGCUUGACAAGGCCCAGGCCUCGGUGAACGCUACCAACCCAAAAUGCGACGAUGCUACGCCACUGCAUCUGGCUGUCAUGCAAGGACACACAGCCGUCUGCAAGCUGUUACUAGAGGCCGGAGCUGACCUAGAUGCCAGUAUGAACGGUGUCAGCCCAGCUCAGCUGGCACGAGACAUGGGUCACGGGGACAUCUUAGUCUUGCUGACAAGAAGACGAGAGACGUAUGAUUACCAGGAGCGAGUGGAUGAGGAGGAGGAUGCAAUGAUGGAAUCUUAAAGGCACAUAGUGUCGUUUCCAUUUAUCCAAAAGCUUACGUGUUAGUGUCAAGAAUUAUUAUCAAAAAAGCUUACUUAGAUUAAAGGUCGUACUGGUACUAAAACACCCCGUGAAAUGAUUUCGUCUGGCUUGCUGUCAUUUAGAAGAAAUCAAGAAAUGUAGGUGAUUUCCAAGGAUCAGUCAAUUGAGUGGUUUUAUUGUUGGAAACGAAGAAAAUGCAUAAAAAGUAAAUGGUCCUACAUGCCUUAAAGAAAUCAAUACGUAAAAUGCAACCUUUCCUUCAGCAAGUUUCCAUUAUUUUACAUACAUUUACAUUUUUUUUUUGCUAUCAACCAAUAAAAGUCAUUGUAAUUACCUGUUAAGGCAAUAGAAUA